AGCGGCCGUCCCCGCCGCCUCCUGGCCCCCACUCGCCGGCGCCCAAGUGGGAGGGCGGCAGCUGCCCGCUCCCUCCUCCCGCACCCCCGCUACCUGCCCAGUCCCCGGAGCGGAGCGCGCGGAGGCUGCGAGCCGGCGGGGCCGAGCCCACAACUUUGCAGCCUCGGGCAGGGCGAGCGCCGGCGUCCAGGGCUCCUGCGGUCGGCGGCCCGAGCUCGGAAUGUAAUCGAGGAUGCUGGCCCUGAGGCUGCUCAACGUGGUGGCCCCCGCCUACUUCCUGUGCAUCUCCCUGGUGACCUUGGCGCUGCAGCUCUUCCUCUUCCUGCCCAGCAUGCGCCAGGACCCCGCGGCCGCCCGCCUCUUCCCUCCCGCGCUGCUCCACGGGGCGCUCUUCCUGUUCCUCUCCACCAAUGCCCUGGGCAAUUACGUCCUGGUCAUCCAGAACUCCCCCGAAGACCUGGACGCCUGCCAGGGGCCCCCGGCCAGGAGGGCCCCGUGCCCCCCGCCCAGCACCCACUUCUGCCGAGUGUGCGCCAGAGUCACCCUGAGGCACGACCAUCACUGUUUCUUCACGGGCAACUGCAUCGGCGGCAGGAACAUGCGCAACUUCGUCCUGUUCUGCCUCUACACCUCCCUUGCCUGCCUCUACUCCAUGGUGGCCGGCGUGGCCUACAUCUCCGCGGCCCUUUCCACCUCCUUCGCCCACCCCCUGGCCUUCCUCACGCUCCUUCCCACCUCCAUCAGCCAGUUCUUCUCCGGAGCUGUCCUCGGUUCUGAAAUGUUUGUCAUCCUCAUGCUCUACCUCUGGUUUGCCAUCGGCCUGGCCUGCGCCGGCUUCUGCUGCCAUCAGCUGCUGUUGAUCCUCCGGGGACAGACCCGCCACCAGGUGCGGAAGGGGGUGGCGGUGAGGGCCCGGCCCUGGCGCAAGAACUUACAGGAGGUCUUCGGCAAGAGGUGGCUGCUGGGCCUGCUGGUCCCCAUGUUCAAUGUUGGAGGUGAGAGCUCCAAGCAGCGCGACAAGUAGCAGGCAUUCCCAUCAUUUCCGUGUGUGUGUGUGUGUGUGUGUGUGUGUGUGUGUGUGUGUGUUGACUCCUCCUGAACAUAAGAUCAUGGCACUUUUGUCUCCACCCAUGACCUGAUACAACCUUGAGCUGGUAAGGUUCUAGCAUCUGCCCCUGGUCUGUGGCAUGUAAGAGAACAGUGUUGGCUGGUGGAUCGUGGCAAGCAGGAAAAAUGCCUCACCUCACCCCCACCCCCCGCCAUUGCUAGGCUCCCAGGAGCCAGCCAACUGUCAGGAGGCCCCUGCUUUCCCCCUCUGCCUGGUUCAUCCACCCUUUCCUAUGUCUCAUGUCAUCACUGCUAUCAGCUAGAGCUCUUCUCUCAGACCCAUGUUAGGAUUGGAGAGUGGAUUCUUGCUGUUGGUAGGAUGCUCUCUGGGGCCUAGAGGCUGGCAAAAAUGUUUAAAGUUAUCAUGUGUAAGAGGUAGCCAAGUUGGCUCUGCCAACUGCUAGUGAGGUGAGAAAGGAGGGGUGUGUUCUUAUCCUCCCUGUGGAACUGUGAGCAGUGGAAGGGAAACUCAGUAGUUUACUGCUCCAACGCCAAGUGCCAAGGCCUUUUCUCUGGGAGACAGCAGCCAAUGGCCAGGGAUUUCUAGGUGCUGUCCCCUGCCCAGCCUGCCCCAGCUAGCCACCCCAGCCCAAUCUGGGACCUGCCUGGAUGCUUCCUUUCCCUGGCACUCUUCCAGCUUUCCCUUCUUGAUCUCUAGCCUCUGGGUCUUUUCUAGGUUCUGGGGAGGCAAGGAAGAAGGAAAGAAGUACUGAUAAAUGAGAGAAGCAUGAGACUGCAUAACCAUACCGAAGGGGAUGUGUGUGUGUGUGUGUGUGAGUGUGUGUGUGUGUGAGAGAGAGAGAGAGAGAUGAAGAGGAGGAGUUUUGUUGUGAAAACAGAAUGCUUAGGGGAGGGAAGGGGAGAGGCCACACAGAGGUUGGGCAGUGGGAUAUUUGAGGAACAAGAAUGAGAAGAGCGAGUGGGUUCAUUUCUGAAGGACAUUCUAGCAGCUAAAGCUGUUCAGUGUUUGAAUGGCUGCCUGGGGAGGUAAAGAGUGCCCCACUGGAGGUAUUCCAGCAGGGACUGGCCAGUCAUCUGGCAGGCAUGCCAUGGAAAGAAUUUCUGCAUAGGGUCAAGAAAGGGAAGAUCCUUUCCCACCCCCAAGAUUCUGGUGUCCUCUUUGUGAUUGCCUGGUCCAGAGGCAAGAUCUGUAGAGAUGCCUGUGAAUUAUUUGCUUUCAGGAAGGGGGGAGCAGGCAUGGAGAAGCCUGAAAAUCAUGAUGCAAACUUUCAGGAUCCUACUUAACCACUGAAGAGGGAGUCUCUGGAUAGACAGGACAACCUAGGUAUUAAUGCUGGUUGAGGAGGUUGGCAUUUGAGGAAAGGGAGAUGGAGCAGUGUCGGGGCAGGUGGGGGCAGGGGUGGGAAGAGCUGUAAGGUCAUGCUCAGCUCUGAGAGGUGAGGUUGGGAGAGUUGAAGCUUGGGAAUGGGGAAGACCAAAAUGUAGGGGUGCAGCUGUGAGACCAUCUCUGCUUAUCUAAUUGGUUGGAUGGGGACACUGCUGUAUGUUCUAGGACCCAGAGGAUCGAAUCUCUGGGAAAUAUUCAGGAGUGGGGACAACACAAGUGCCCCUUCUGACUGUAUACCAAAGUCAGUCUGCCAUCCAUGCAGGCAGCAGGGCUGAAGUCCACAGCCUACAGGGUCCAACUGGUGGCCACAGCAACCCCAAGCGUCGCCACACAACACCCUGAGAUCUUGAGCAGAGUUGGGGAGGACUUUACUUUGGUCCUGCCUUCAUGCCCCCUAUAGGGCUAAUGUGGUAAUAGCAUCACUGGCUCACACUCCCUCCCAUAUCUAUUUAUUCAUUCAUUCAUCCAUCCAUCCAUCCUACAUAUAUUUAUUGAGUGCCAACUAUAUGCCAAGUCUCUUCCAGGCACUGGUAUACAAUGAUGAACAAGACACACUUGUUGUGAUGAGCACUGGGUGUUAUAUGUAAGUGAUGAAUCACUAACCUCUACUUCUGAAACUAAUAUUACACUUGGUGUUAACUAACUGGAAUUUAAAUAAAAACUUGAAACAAAGAAACAAACAAAAAUUGAUGAACAAGGCAACAAGAUCUCUGCUGUCAGGGGCAUCUUGUCACUGCCCCCAUGCACUGACUCCCACCCCUUGAAAAAUGAUUCUUCUGCCAUGUUGGUGUCAGCAGGGCAGGUCACUUGGAGGGGAAGGAUAUUUGCAGAGAAGGCUGAAGAGGAGCCCAGGCUGGCUGGCUGGAGGAGUCAUUGGGGAGCAUCUUCACCCCCAGUUCUGUCCAUACUUAAACAGUGGGAGUGGAAGGGAAGGGAAGAGAGGUCCUGGGCAAUCCAGGCCUUGGCUCUCUCCCAACCCAAACUCAAGCUUGGAAGCUAGCCAUGCCAUUCCCAGCCUCCUGGAGGCUGAGCACUGUGAGGCUUGACAUGGGAAAAAGAAAUAAAAGAGAGACCUGCGGGGGUUGACUCCUGACAGUGGGUGGUGAUGGUGGGGAGGUUGCCCGGUGUGGAACUGGGGUAGCAUUUGUAUACAUGGCCCUGUAUUGUUGAUAAAAAAACAUCAAUAAAAUAUGUGGUGUUAAAUUGGA